AGCACGAUAAUAGAGUCGCAGCGUGAAGUUAGAGUUCACCUAGUGAACUGCUGUACGGACACUUGAGACAGACUGAUGCUCUGACCAGCCAGCGCGCGGAGAGACGUCGCUGACCGGGUUUCUUGUCACUUCCAAGCCGACAAUCCCUCCAUCUAGUCGCCGGGUGAGGUACGGAGGAGAGCCAUGGCGGGGGACGGUUCGGACCAGCGAGCCCUGCAGUAUGAACAAACUUUGAUGUAUGGGCGUUACACCCAGGAACUUGGGGUGUACGCCAAAGAGGAGGCAGCCCGACUGAGGGAGAGCGGGAAGAAGCGCUCUAUCAGUGAGCAAAGCCGUAAUCUGGACCAGCAGGAGUACAAGGGACGCUGCGCCAAGUGCCGCAUUUGCACCGUUUGCUGCCAAAAAUUCCUGAUCUCACUAGUGAGAGAGGACUGGAUCUUCCUGAUCCUGCUUGGACUGGUCACGGGCCUGCUGAGCUGGGUGGUAGACAUCUGCAUUGGUAUCUUCCUACAAGCACAGAAGUGGAUAUAUGAUGGUCUGGACAGUAACGUGUUCCUGCAGUACCUGGCCUGGGUCACCUGCCCUGUGGUUCUUAUCACCUUCUCUGCUGGCUUCACUCAGAUCCUCGCUCCCCAGGCUGUUGGUUCAGGCAUUCCCGAGAUGAAGACAACCCUGCGAGGAGUGGUGCUGAAGGAGUUCCUCACUUUCAAAACUUUUGUGGCCAAAGUCAUCGGGCUCAUCUGCGCCCUGGGCAGUGGCAUGCCUCUGGGCAAGGAGAGUCCCUUUGUGCACAUUGCCAGUUUGUGUGCUGUUCAGCUCAGCAAGUUUACGUCUCUCUUUGGAGGAAUCUAUGAGAAUGAGUCAAGGAACACUGAGAUGCUGGUGGCAGCUUGUGCGGUGGGUCUGGCUUGCUGCUUUGCUUCUCCCGUAGGAGGUGUGUUGUUCAGUAUUGAAGCAACAUCCACAUUCUUUGCUGUGAGGAACUACUGGAGAGGGUUCUUAGCAGCUACAGUCAGUGCCUUUUUCUUCAGAUUGCUGCCUGUCUGGACCGGAGACGAAGAGACCAUUACGGCACUUUUCAAAACCCGUUUCCGUUUUGAAUUUCCCUUUAACCUUCAGGAGCUUCCUGCCUUCGCUGUUGUUGGUAUUGCCUGUGGAUUUGGUGGUGCUUUGUUCGUUUACCUGAACCGACUGAUUGUCCAGUUCAUCAGGAACCAAAAGACAGUCAACAAAUUCCUCAUGAAGAAGCGACUGCUCUAUCCAGUGCUGGUCACUGUACUGAUUUCAACACUGACAUUUCCACCCGGACUUGGGCAGUUUAUGGCUGGAAAGUUGACUCAGGCGGAAACUCUGGAGACUUUAUUUGAUAACUGGACAUGGACAAAACAUGGAAUUGCUGAGGAAUUUGAUUACAUUGGACACUCCCAAGCCUGGAUACAUCCACAAGUCAAUGUCUUCGUCACACUGGGCCUCUUCGUCUUCAUGAAGUUUUGGAUGUCUGCCUUGGCCAUCACCAUGCCUGUGCCCUGUGGAUCUUUCGUACCUGUGUUUGUCAUUGGAGCAGCGUUUGGUCGUUUGGUUGGAGAAUGCAUGGCAGCCUGGUUCCCAGAUGGCAUUCACUCUAAUGAGUCCAUUUAUUCCAUAGAGCCAGGAGCCUACGCUAUUGCGGGUGCUGCAGCCUUGUCAGGAGCGGUCACCCACACCGUUUCACCUGCGAUCAUUGUGUUUGAGCUGACUGGUCAGAUCUCUCACAUCCUGCCAGUGAUGAUAGCUAUUAUACUGGCCAACGCCGUGGCUCAAUCUUUGCAGCCGUCGUACUACGAUUCUCUUAUCAGGAUCAAGAAGCUUCCCUACCUCCCAGAGCUUGGCCGGGGUCACCAUGAGAAAUACAACAUCCGUGUGGAGGACAUCAUGGUGCGAGAUGUGCGAUACAUCGCACUCAACUGCUGCUACCGAGACCUACACAACGUCCUGAUGUCGGGACAGAUCAAGACUCUGGCUUUAGUGGAAUCUGCUGAGUCAAUGAUCCUGUUGGGCUCCAUAGAGCGUGCCCAGCUGCAGUUACUGCUCUCCCAGCAGCUCAGUCGCAGCAGACGCAUGAAGUACAUCAGGGAACGGGCCGCAGCAGAGAAAAAACGGCUGUCUGAUGUGUCGAACAACGAUAGUGAGGAUGGGCACCAGCAGGCCAGCCAGGAGGUCCAUUUGCAGAUUUCUACUGAGGAGUCCACCUUCAGUCCAACUUGUCCAGCUAGUCAGAAGCCUCUGAAACCUGCAUUGAAAAGACCAUCUGUUGUGGAAAGACCCACUAAGCUUCCCACAAGCCCACAGGACCAUUCCGGCAUCGCAUUGAAGAACCUGUUCUGCUCCAGUCCAGAUGUAGAAGCUCUGGAGGACGAUGGAGAUGUGGAAGACAACAUGACACUUAAUGAGAUUGCAGAGUGGGAGGAGAAGCAGCUUGAUGAGCAGGUCGACUUCAACAACUGCAAGAUUGACCCCGCCCCUUUUCAACUGGUGGAGCGCACUUUGCUGCAUAAGACUCACACCAUUUUCUCCCUGCUGGGUCUCGACCACGCCUACGUCACCAGCAUCGGCCGUCUCAUCGGGGUGGUUUCCCUCAAGGAGCUACGCAAAGCCAUCGAGGGAUCUGUGACAGUAAAAGGCGUGAAGGUGCGUCGGCCCCUUGCCAACUUAAGGAACAAUGAAACCAGCAGCAGCGAGACGGAGGCGACAGAGCUCCAUAAGCUGUGGGACCGUCACAGGAGCGUGUCACUGCCAGGAGAACAACCCACGUCGGAGUCCGACGAGAAGACCCAGUGAGGGAAAGCCGAGGACAAAAAGGAUGAAGAGGUGCAGGUGGGGGAAGAAGAGGUGGAGGAUGCAUUGAGAUCUUUAAUCUCCAAAGCUACAAACAUGCAAAACUCCUCAGGGCUACAGAUCAUUAUUUAAAGAUAGAAAGUUCUCCUACACCGUUCUCCCUUCUCUCCACAUCUGCCACUCUACCUCCUCCAACACCGCCUCCUCAGCUUCUUUACUCACCCAGUGCUUCUUCCAAGAGCCUUGCAGUGGCUCAGCCAGACACUCCACAGGAAGUGUCCGGUUCUCCAUUUACCCUUGGGGUCCUUCAGUGUAUCGCGUUUGCCACCUCCAAAGCUGGGACUGAGAUUUUUAAAAGGGGAUUUUUUUUUUGUAGACUUUAUUUUUAUUUUUUAUUAUUUUUCUUGUGUUUAGAAUUGGAAUCAAGGUUUGAAGAUGCAAAAUAUGUUGAGCAAGUCUUCCAUUUGAGUCCUGAAAUUCAACAAGGAAGAAUACUGUAAUGCUUUAGUGUACUGGGAAUGUGAAUGUAUGAAAGGAGAAAAAUGUGCACAUGAAAAGAAGGGCAGCAUAGACUGUCAUAUAGGAUUUUUUUUACUGCCUUUAGAACAAAUUUCGGAUUUUAUUGUCCUCUUUGACGAGGUUCAGUCUUGAUAAAUCAGGAGUUCUGGAAGAAUAAGUCUGUCCCUCUACCAAGCAUUGAACUGAAGUAGUUUGUUGUUUGUGUCUUUUAUUGUGCAUGCUCACCCCUCCACUGCGAGUCCUAGCGAUUAGGCCUAGUGCAGCGAGCAGCUAGGCCUGUUGGCACUAUAAUGUACACUCCCUUUAUUCUGUAGCUCUGGCCUCGAGUGACAUGAGGCUGAAAUGCACACAAACACUUUGCAGCAGUGCACUCUGACGAUGGAUGUUCUCUGCUUAUUUAAAUCCGACUCUGAGAUUCUGAGAGGGUUAGGAAAGAUGAUGAGGACCAGAAGGAGGAAAACAGGAAUCAAAUGUUUGUCUAGAAGAAAAAAAAACAGCUCUGGGUGCUGAAUUUAAUUGCUAUGUGAGCUGUUAUUAUAUCAUCUGAGACACAACACAAACUGCACUUAUAUACUGGUACAAAAUGCUGAAAAAAUAUUCAUUCUCUGCUUAAAACCACUGACUGAAAUCUAUAACAGACCAACAGGGAGUGAUUUAGCUUGUUCAGUUGGACAAAAUAACUAGAGUUUAGCUGUUACAUUGUUGUUAGACUACUGUUAGGCAGGAAUGUGUAACAGCACUGUUUUCAAAUUCCUGACAUGACAUAUAACACUAAAUGCCUUACAGUUAAUAAUUCAUAGCUUCCAUAGUUCCUUCUGUUUGUUAAGAUAAAAACAUUUCUUCCAGUUUUUCCCUCCUGUCCUAAACAUCCUAAAUACUUGCUCUACAACCAGGCUAAGCUUUUUGCCACCAUUCUAUUGCCUUAUAAAAAACAUUCAGCCUCCCAAUGUCUUCAGUGGUUUUAAGUAGAUUUUAGCAUCUUUUCUUGUUUGGUUCUGCAGAAUAGGAAGCAUCUGCAGCGACAAAGCAUGGCUUUGCAUGAGAGAAAGCAUGUGGCAUUUAUUUUAUAUGAUGAAAAUUAACCAAAAGCAACACAGACGAUUCGCCGGAUGAAUGAUGUCUUGGCUUUGCCAUCCUGUGCCUGUAUUUUCUGCUGCGUCUCCCUCUUGUCCAGUAAUCUUUAUUCAUCACCUGAUUCAUAACCAGGCAUUGGGGUCUUUGUGGGUUCAGAAACUUGCAGAUUAAUAUAUUUAAUAUCAUUCUUGUAAUCUGAAAUCAUGAUUUUGUGUCUUAAUCAAUCUUCCUUGUUGACUCAUCUCUUUUUGUUUCUGGGGAGAUUUUUUAUUUUUUGUAUUUAUCUUUUUGUUGCUUUUUUAAUGAUUUAAAAUAUAUUUUUUGUAUAUUUAACAUGCUGUCUGAAGCAUUUCUACAGUGGAGAUUUAUUUGUGAAGUGUGAAUAUACUAACAGGGUGAAAGCUUGUGGCGCGUGUCUGACGGCAAACUGAAGAACCAGAAUAAUGAAGUUAAAGGAAUGAACUUGCUCAUUCCAGAAGUGCCUCUUUCUGUUUUAACAGUGGGAAUAAAAUGGAGCAGGACUGUUUCACUCCUCAUAGACAUGUAGACCAGGCACUUCUCGCACUCGUCCCAAAAUAUGUAAGCGGCUUGAUGGUGUUUCAUGGUAGUGUGCAGUUGCUGCCAUGGCAACCGUGGUGUCUGCUCACCCCAGGGGGGCUGAAAGCUCUCCUCUCAUUUGGUUCUGUUCAUUUGUUUGCACCUUUUCAUCGAUUCUCGUUGUUCUGGCGGGUCCUUUCACCUCGCCACAGACAUCUCAUCUCAUCUGCUGCAGAGAGAGGUCUCUGGCUCUCUGGCUCUGGCAGCAUUAAUCACAGUAGAAGUUGUACAGUUUCUUUUUAUUGAUGGAUCCGCCUGUGGGUAAUUGAUUUGUGCAAUAACAGUUGUUCAUCUCAUUUUCUAGACCUGUUUUAAUUGAUGACAUAAAUGCAAGAUAACAUUAAUUUUUAAAAGAAAUCUGAAAAGAUUAAAAAGAUUUGCAUGGUUAGGUCUUUGACUCUUUGUAGAGGAAGGUUUCCCAGGAGCCUCUGGAAAUUGAAAUUCAUAUUGCAACAGUAAUCUGCACUCUUGGUGUCUCAGUUGGGCUUUUUGGAAACUUUAUCUGGUAGACUGUGUGGCGAAGCUGCUCCUCUCAUCUGAACCUCCCCAGGCACACAGAGAGUUUUAUCGUGCUUCCUUCCAUCCUCUCCUUCAGUCGGAGCAGCUUUGAUGAGCCCAGAUCUUUUUUCCACUCCUUACGGGACUGUGCGUUACAGCAAACCAAACCAGAGCGAGAGAGAGAGGAGCAAAAUUCCAGAGUUAUUUUUCACAUCAAAAUUAAAACACUGUUUUUUUGUAUAUCAUGAUGAAUAAAUAUGAUUUUACCAAACGAG